AUGUAUUUCACCAAGCUCACACUCCGUUCCGUAACCUUUGUCCCCAAUGCUCCUAGAUUAGGCCUCAACAAUCUCUACAAAAUUGCACAUACAACUCCUUGGAUUUCCGUCAAUUCUGACGCUGAUAUACAACCAAUUUACAACUUCAAGCUUGAUGUCCUGACUCCGGCUCCCAGAGAUUCACACCCAAACGGCAGAGGUUGGUUAGUGUUUGAGGGCCCCAUUUCCGCGGACACCGCUUCUGCGCCUAUCACAGUUCAUGCUACUGCUUCCAACUAUUAUCAUGAAAUACCUCUUCGUCAACGCUUUUCCGAGCUAGAACUUUUUGGGCAACUGAUCAUGGUCAAAUUCAUAGAUGAAAAUACCGUCUCCGCUAAAUCUUUUCACCUUCCUGGACACAUCUUCCAUUGCCACUGCUCAUCCAACUCAUACCAAAAAACUUUGGCCAGAUUAACCUCGGAGCAAAAUUUUUGGUUUGAUGGGGCUGUUGUCGAUGUGAAAGACUCUUUCAUCUAUGUCAAAAUGCAUGCUCUGAUCACUUAA